CAAGUCAUCAUUUGUCAUUUUUGGUAAUAGGGUAAAAAUGUUCCAUGAAAAGGUUUUUCCAUGGUUUGACUGACGUUCACCUCACGAAUGUAAAUGCUAUUCACUUUUUUGCCUGUCACGCAUGGGGAACGCAGUGUCAUUGUGUUGAAUGUGUGUCUCUCGUGGUGCCGUUCGGCUCCAUGAUGUCUUAUUCGAGUCCUAUCGCCUUUCAGAUGGCGAAUCCAGUGAGAGAAGGUUAUCAAGAGUUUGAUAAUGAAGUCGAUCCGGAAACCGCCUCGCAGGCUUGCGCAAGACAGCCAGUGGAGGAUACAGUGCUCUUCCACGAGCGCGCUGCUACCCAAAAUUCGCUGACGUCUGAGCAAGCCUUUGUACAUAUGGUGAAAGCUAUGCUUGGUACUGGAUUGCUUUCACUGCCUCUUGCUUUCAAACAUUCCGGGUUGUUUCUGGGGCUCAUCCUCACUGUUGUAAUUUGCCUUAUAUGUCUCUACUGUAUGCGCCAAGUCGUCUUCGCUGCACACUUUGUCUGUAACAGAAAUGGCCGAGACUUGAUUGAUUAUGCGAACAUCAUGCGUGGAGCCGUAGAGAUGGGACCGACUUGGAUUCGACAUAAAGGAUAUUUUUUCAAGCAGUUGGUGAACACAAACAUGUUCGUAUCUCAACUUGGGUUUUGUUGCGUAUACUUUGUUUUCAUGGCAGACAACUUAGAAGAUUUCUUCAACUCCAAUACCUCUAUCCAUCUUUCCAAAGCUACUUGGAUGCUAUUGCUUCUGAUUCCUAUGUUGUCCAUUUGUUCAAUUAGAAGAUUGUCUAUAUUGGCGCCAUUUUCCAUGGCUGCUAAUGUUGUAUACAUCGUUGCUGUAGCUAUCGUGUUGUUUUUCUUUAUGUCAGAUCUUCGUCCUGUCAAUUCUUUACCUUGGUUCGGAAAGUUUUCGGAUUUGCCAUUAUUUUUUGGCACCGUAAUGUUUGCUUUUGAAGGAGUUGCAGUGAUAAUGCCCAUUGAGAACAAAAUGCAAAAUCCACAGUCAUUCAUUGCGUGGAAUGGUGUAUUAAAUUCGAGCUGUCUUGUCGUACUUGCGAUAUUUUCUGUGACAGGAUUUUACGGUUAUCUUUCUCUCGGAGAUGAAGUGAAGGAUACGGCAACUCUCAACCUUCCGAUGACUCCAUUCUACCAAACGAUCAAGAUGAUGUUUGUUGCUUGCAUAAUGAUCUCGUAUCCGCUUCAAUUUUACGUACCCAUGGAGCGAGCAGAGAAAUGGAUCACGCGGAAAAUUCCAGUUCACAAGCAAACGUUGUAUAUCUACACUACCAGAUAUAUGGGCGUACUUUUGACUUGCGCCGUUGCAGAGCUGAUUCCUCAUCUUGCCCUUUUCAUAUCACUGAUUGGUGCUUUCUCUGGAGCCUCAAUGGCACUGUUAUUCCCUCCAUGCAUAGAAUUAUUGACAAGCCACGCUAAAGGAGAGCUAAGUUCACGAAUAUGGGUCAAGAAUAUCUUCUUACUUUGCUUUGCUUUGCUUGGUUUCACCACGGGAACAUACGCGGCACUAUCAGAAAUCUUCAAGAAAAUGCAGAUCUGAAUGAACACACAUAAUAACUUCAAGUCGCGUUGUUUGUUGUUUUAGUGAUGGUUUUAAUUGUUAAUAACAACGAUUCAAAGAAUCAGUCUCAUCUUCCCAAGUUAUCAGUCUAGCAUUUGAUCGUCAAAUUGAUCAGCAUCUUUUUAGGUUAUCUCUAUUGUAAAUAUUGGUGACGAGCUUCUCUUUGCAUGUGAUUAUCUGUGAUAACAUCGCAGUGUUCAAAUAGUAACUUAUUAUUGUGUUCAUCUAAGGGUC